AUGUUCAAUAGGUGGCUUUCUACCAUCGCGCCUGCCGAUAACGAUAAACCUAAAGACAAGAAAAAAGACAGCCGUAGUGACGAAAAGAACAAGACCCCUGACGAAUAUAUAAAAGAACAAAUACAAAUUCUUGAAAAACGAUGUGAGCAAUACAAACAAAUUUUACAAGCUAAAGAAAUGGAAUCAUAUGACGAUAAGUCAAGAAUCAAGGAAUUCAAUGAAAUAAUCAGCCAAAACUUGAACAGAAUCCAAGAGCUUGAAGAAGAAUGCAAAAAUUAUAUCAAGUUUAGAGUUAUAAUAGGCGAAGAAGAAUGCGAAAAAGCAUCUUUAUUACUUGAUGAUAAGCAAGAAGAACUGGAAAAUGAAAAAAUGUUACAUCAGCAAGAUAUAGAGAAAUUUGAACAUAAAAUGGAGGAACAAAGCAAAAUAAUGGAACAAGAAAAAGAAAAUUAUGAGAAAUUAAUGAAAGAGCUGAAAGAAAAAUUAUCAGAAGAACGGGCUAAGAAAUUAGAGCUAGAAGAGCAGCUUGAUUUGAAAAAUAAAAAUAUAACUAAUUUAGAAGAGGAAAUACUUGAAUGAAAAGAACAAUUAAAAUCAAAAGAAAAAGAAAAUAGUGAGCUUACAAUAAAGCUGCAAAGUUUGAAUUCAGAGUUUUCUAGCAGCAUUAAAGAUUUAGCAAAAAUAAAUGAGCAGAUCUGUUUGCAACUAGGUAUGGCUAACCCAAAUUUUUCUGAUAAUAUCAAAUUUUCUGACAUGCAAAACUCUUUAAAUGGCCUGAACAAAUUUUUAAACGAUUCUAUAAAAGAAAUGAGUGCUCAAGUAAUUGCAGCACUCAGGGUAUAUGGAAAUGAAAACCAAAAUAAGCCAAUACUAGCAAUUUCAGAUCUAAAAAAUAGCAUAAAUUUGUAUAGUGAGUUAUCAAUUAACAGCCAGGAAAAGAUUAAAUCAUUAGAUGAAAAAGUUGAGAAAGCUGCUAAGGACAAAGAAAAGGUUGAGGGGCUACUCCUAAAAGCUAAAGGUGUUUUGGAUAAAAAAAAUAACAAUAUAAAAUCUUUACAAAGCGAAAUUGAGCGAAUGAAAAAUGAAAUAAAAGAAAUCUCAGAUUUGAGGGAAUCAAAUAAAAAUCUUGCAGAACAAGUUAAUCAGAUCAGAAGUGAGAAAGCUCAACUAGUGACGUCACCGGCAUUUCCGACAUCACCCUUUUUAUCGGUGGCCAGAUCAUCCUAAGCAAAUUCCUAACUCCCCCCCCCCCCUCCGUGAGCGAACAAAACCAUUAGAAAAAUCGCCAUUUUUUGACCAAAAACCCACCCUCCGUGAGUGAACAAAAAUUUUUUUAAUAGAAAAAAAUUUUAAUGGAAAAAAAUUUUGAUAUAUAAGUGAUGAUUAGUAUAAUGAAAUCUAGAGCUAAUUCUGUUUAAUUUUAAACAAAUUGCGUUUUAAAACAUAAAUUUUGCAAAUUAAAUUAAUAUUUGCUUCCCAAUUUUUGCAAAUUAGGAUUUUUUUUAAAUUUCGAAAAAAAAAUAUUUUUUAUAAAAUUUAUAUAUAAAUUGUUUUUUAAAAAAAAAAUUAACCCCCCUCCGUGAGCGAAACAAAAUUUUUUUGUUCGCUCACGGAGGGGGGGGGGGGAGUAAGCAAUUGACGGCCAGUCGAUCGCCAGAUCUCAUGGGCUGCGUUGCCUUACUCUAAACUUGACUCCUGCGCGUUGUGCCGCUUAUGGGUCUUCCUCCUAGGAAGUGUCAAGCAGAAAACCCUAUGCCCACCUAACAUCCACGUAUCAAGCCAAGAGGCUGUGCACCCCUCCCCGUUGCUUACCUGAUAUUGCUGGAUAAGGUCUCACCGGGAAAACUGAACCCUAUAAUAAAAUGGGCAAGGAAAGAAAUUCCUCGAAAGAGGAAUUAUCACGACGUCGCCAUUUUAUUAUUGAAUUGAGAAAGCUCAACUAGAAAGAAAAACUCAAAGAAAUCUCAGAAACUAAUUUGGUUUUAUCAACAAAUUUGAAGUCAGUAAAAGAGAAUUUUUUGUCAAUGGUCAGAAAAGAAGAAGCAAUCAACGUAAAUACUGCAAAGCUAGAAGAAUCUGUUAAACAUUAUCAAGCUAAAUGUGAAAAUUUAGAAAAAGAAUUAAAAAAUUUCGAGGUUUCUAACUCCCUCCUUCGUGAGUGAUCAAAACCAUUAGAAAAAUCCCUUUGUUUAGUCCAAAAACCCUCCAUAAGUGAUAAAAAUUUUUUAUGAAAAAUUGCAUUUUAAAAUAUAAGUUUUACAAAUUAAAUUAAUAUUUUCUGAUUUCUGCGAAUUGGGACAUUUUUAAAUUUUGAAAAAAAAAUUUACUAUAAAAUCUUUUAAAAAAAAUUACCCUGUCAGCAAACAAAAUGCUUUUGUUCGCUCACGGAGGGGGAGUAAAAUAAAAGAAAUUUCUGAGAAAGAAGCCAAAAUUUCUGAUCUUGAAACUUCUAUUAAAAAUUUAACCAGCGUAAAAGAUCUGCAAGCCGCAGAAAUUUCUAAUCUCGAACAAAAUGUGCUUGAUACCAUUAAGCAGUAUUCUGAGGAAAUUAGCUCUAAAAGUACUGUAGUAUGUGAGCUAGAAGAAAAAUUGAAAAAUUAUCUAGAGAACGAGGCUAAAUUGAAAGAAAAUAUUGGAAGUUUAAUAAAUGAAAAUAAUGACUUAAAAAACUCAAGCACUGAAAUAAAGGAAAAGCAAGAAGAAUUUAAUCAAAAGAAUGAUUUAAUUAAAAAUUUGGAAGAAUCAGUAGCGGAAAAAACAAAGAAAAUUAAUGACCUGGAAGAAGUAGUUCAAAAGCAAAUGGAAGAGAUAUCAAAUUUUGAAAAGAUUGUAGAAGAGAAUAAUGCAAAUAAAAAAGAAAUAGAAAUUGUGAUAGAAGAAUAUGAAGAAAAUAGGAAAAGAGAUUUAUUAAAGAUUAAAGAUUUAGAGCAUAAUAUUUCAGAUCUUGAAAAAAAAAUCAAUGAUUUGGAAAAUAAUUUGCUUGAAAAAUCAAAUUUAAUUGAAAAUUUAAAAAACUCAGAUUUGAAUUUGACAAGCUUGCAGGAAUUAUAUAAUAAUGAAAUAACAAAAAACAAAGAAAUAGAGUCUGAUUUAGAAAAAAAGAAAGUUGAACUAAAGCAAUUAGUAUUGAAAAUUGAUGAAAUUGAAAGAAGUUAUCAGCAAUUAGUCAAAGCAAAGGAUGAUGAGCUUGAAAUUCAAGCUAUAAAAGUAAAAAAUCUUGAAGAGAGCUUCAAAAGCUUACAAAAUGAAAGUAACGAGAAUAAAAUCAUCAUUCAAUCUCUUUCUGAAAAUUCAAAGGCUCUCGAAAAUAAACUUCAAAGCCAAUUUGAAAAUCAUCAAAAUCUAGAAAAUAAUUUAAUCCUCCCUGAAAAAUCUGGUCUAAAUUUUAUUUUUAAUAAAACUUUUAGAAAAUUAACAAAUAUUUAAGAAUUUUAAUUUGUGCAUAUGAGCAUCCAUAUGAAUGCUAAAAGUUAUACGUUUAUGAAGAAUUAAUAUAAAGAUUAAUCGAUUCAAUGCAAAACUGCUUGAAUAAUGUUCUACUCGCAAUCCCUCCAUUAAAUUAGAUAAAAAUUAUUUAAUAUUUUUACCUAAAAUAUUCUAUUAUAAAAAAUCAAAAUUUUGUUCAAAAUUAAAAGGGUGUUAAUUUCCAAAAAAAUGGAAAUUUUACCAUUUAUUUUGUUGCAAUUCAAGGGAGUUAGAAAUCUUACAAAACGAAAAUAAAGAAAAAAUGCUCAUUAUUGAAACUUUAACUUCUAGCUCAAAAAAUCUUGAAGAUCAAGUAGAGGCUGCAAAAAAUGAAUAUCUUUCUCAUAUAAAUGAUUUAAAUAUAUCAUACAAUGAAAAAAUCAAACUAAUUGAAAAUUCAAAAUCUGAACUCUCUUUGAAAAACCAAGAGCUCGAAAAUGAAAACAAGCUGUUAAAAGAAAAAAUUCAAAACUUAGAGUUUAUAAAAGAUGAUUUUGAAAUAAAAUAUCAACAAUUAGAUGAAAUUUGCAAGUCAAAAUGCGGAGAAAUAGAGAAUUUCAAAAAAAUGAUGGAAAAUAAAGAGUUAUCAAAAGAUGAACUAAUAACAAAUUAUAAAGAAUUAACUGAAAAGCUUGGGAAGGCGACUCAAAAAAUCAAUAAUUUAAAAGAUGAUUUGAGGAAAACACAGGACUUAAAAAAUGAAAUAUUGACACAGAGUGAAGAAUUAAAAGAGAAGCUCAGCAAACAGCUAGAAGAUUUGGAAAACCUUAAAAUUAAUGAGAAGAAUAUGGAAUCAUUAAUAUCUGAUUUGAAAGAAAAGAACGCCAAAAAGAUUGAUGAAGUCAGAAAUUUAAAUACUUUAAUUGAGAAUAUGUCAGAAAAAUUACUUUUAAAUGAAGAAGAUAGAUACUCAUUAAAGCACGAGCUUGAAGUAUAGAACUUUCUCUUCAAUAGCGCGAUAAGGCGCAUUCCUAGGUUUUACCGGAGGGUCUUGGACAUAUGAAAACCUGCUAUUCAUUAUUCAUGGGGAAGACAAAAAGCCUAAAUAAAGAAUUCUGCCUGAUCAAUCUCGAGAACUUGAAGAGAGGCUGUGUGGAAAAUUUACAUUUUGGUUCGUCAAAUGGAUCUGACGAGCAAUUCUGGCCAGUACUUGAAAUAAAAAAUGAUAGUUGCCAGAAUUUUAUUAUUUUUCUGAUUAAGAGUAUGAUCAGAUUUUUAAUAAAUGGCGUAGGAUCAGACAACCCCACUUAAAAAAUAUUUAUUACGUUAAACUGAUUAAUGUCUUAUAACAAAUGCUUUGUCUUGGUGCCUAUAUCAAUCGCUAGCUAUCUUUAUGGAAUUUAAAAAUCCGAAAGCAAAUUUUUAAUAGACGUUUUCAAGCAAAACUUAAAGUGCAAGCACAAUUCCAUGAGCUCUCAUUGCUGCCUAAAAAAGAUGCAGCUAGUAGUGAUAUUCAUAACUCAAGUUUUUCUUUGUCACGAUAGUCAUCUUAAUGAAAUUUAAAUAUACAAAAAUCAAAUUUUUAAUAGACGUUUUAAGCAAAACUUAAAGUAUAAGCACAAGUCUACGAACUCUUAUUGCUGCCUGAAAAAGAUGUAGCCAGUAGUGAUAUUCAUAAGUCAGGUUUUUCCAUAGUCACUAUCGCCAUCUUUAUAGAAUUUAAAAAUCCAAAAAGUAAAUUUUAAUAGAAGAUUUUAAGGAAAACUUACAGUACAAGUAUAACUCCAUGAGCUCUUAUUGCUGCCUGAAAAAGAUGCAGCCAGUAGUAUUUUUCAUAGCUUGAGUUUUUCCAGAGUUACUAUCUCCAUCUUUAUGAAAUUUAAAAAUCCAAAAAGCAAAUUUUUAUAUAGACGUUUUCAAGAAUAACUUAAAGUAUAAGCACAACUCCAUGAGCUCUCUUUGCUGCCUGAAAAAGAUGCAGCCAGUAGUAUUUUUCAUAACUCGAGUUUUUCAUUGCACCACCAUAGCCAUCUUUAUGAUUUUAAAAAUCCAAAAAGUAAAUUUUUAAUAUAGAAAUUUUCCCUUAAAUGGCGCAGUUUGCCCUUGAUUUGCCCACUGAAAAAAUUUUUUGGCUCGACCAGCACCAUAUGGUUUGGUCAAACCAAAAAAAAUUUUCAGUGGGCAAAUCAAGGGCAAACAGUGCCAUCUAUGGGAAAUUUCUAUAGACGUUUUCAAGCAAAACUUUAAGUAUAAGCACAACUCCAUGAGUUCUCUUUGCUGCCUUAAAAAGAUGUAGCCAGUAGUAAUAUUCAUAACUUUGAGUUUUUCCAUAGUCACUAUCGCCAUCUUUAUAGAAUUUAAAAAUCCAAAAAGCAAAUUUUUAAUAGACAUUUAUAGCGAAACUUCAAAUACAAGCACAACUCCAUGAGCUUUCUUUGCUGCCCGAAAAAGAUGCAGCCAGUAGUAAUAUUCAUAAAUGAGUUUUUCCAUGGUCACUAUAUCCAUCUUUAUGAAAUUUAAAAAUCCAAAAAGUAAAUUUUUAAUAGAAGUCUUAAAGCGAAACUUGCAGUAUAAGCACAAGUCCAUGAGCUCUUUUUGCUGCCUAGAAGGGAUGCAGCCAGCAGUAAUAUUCAUAACUCAAAUUUUUCUAUAGUGACUGUAGCCAUCUUUAUGAUUUUAAAAAUCCAAAAAUUAAAUUUUUAAUAGACUUUUCAAGUAAAACUUGCAGUAUAAGCACAAUUACAUUAGCUCUCUUUGCUGCCUUAAAAGAUGUAGCCAGUAGUAAUAUUCAUAACUUGAGUUUUUCGAUAGUCACUAUCGCCAUCUUUAUGAAAUUAAAAAAUCCAAAAAGUAAAUUUUUAAUAGACGUUUUCAUGUGAAACUUCAAGUACAAGCAUAGCUCCAUGAACUCUCUUUGCUGCCUUAAAAAGAUGUAGCCAGUAGUAUUUUUCAUAACUUGAGCUUUUCUAUUGUCACUAUCUCCAUCUUUAUAGAAUUUAAAAAUCCAAAAAGUAAAUUUUUAAUAGACGUUUUAAAGCGAAACUUGCAGUGCAAGUACAACUCCAUGAGCUCUUUUUAAAGCCUGAAAAAGAUAUAGCCAGUAGUAAUAUUCAUAAAUUAGUUUUUCCAUAGUCACUAAUGAUGACAGUGGAGACUGGGUGGAAUCAAAAUUUCUAAAGGAGAAAUUUGCGUGUGAUGAAUGCUACAUUAUUAUUACCAAAGGAAUUAUAGAUCAGUUUGAAAGGAAUAAGUUGUCUGAUCCUAUGCCAUUUAUUAAAAUUCUGAUCAUACUCUUAAUCAGAAAAAUAAUAAAAUUCUGGCAACUAUCAUUUUUUUAUUCAAGUACUGGCCAGAAUUGGCUCGUCAGAUCCAUUUGACGAACCAAAAUGUAAAUUUUCCACACAGCCUCUCUUCAAGUUCUCGAGAUUGAUCAGGCAGAAUUCUUUAUUUAGGCUUUUUGUCUCCCCCAUGAAUAAUGAAUAGCAUGUUUUCAUAUGUCCAAGACCCUCCGGUAAAACCUAGGAAUGCGCCUUAUCGCGCUAUUGAAGAGAAAGUUCUAUAGUUAAUGCCGACCUUUUAGAAACUAAAAAAGUCCUUCAAGUGGAAAUUGAGAAAUCGUCAGAAUUGAAAAAUCAAAUUGAUUUAGAAGUUAACAAAAAGAAUGAAAUGAAGUUGCGAAUUGAUUCUUUGGAAGAAUCGCAGCUAAAGAAUGACAACUCCAAAGACCUGCAAACAAGUGAGCUUCAAGAGCAGCUAUUAAACUCUAAGCAAGAAAUAUCUGAAAUAAAAGAGCAACAAUCAAAAGAUCAGAAAAUCAUCCAGCAGCUAAAGAACUUAAUUGAUUCCCAAUCUGAAGAAAUUAAUGAGCUAUCCCAAAGCAAAUUAAAUAUGGAAUUAUCAUAUUCAAAUAUUAUAAAUAACCUUGAAGAAAAAAAUGAAAAUUUAGAAAACGAACUUUAUACAUUAAAGGAAUUAUCUAUCAAAGACAAAAAAAUGCUAAAAGAAUUAGAGACUUCACUCGAUGCUACACAAGCAAAAUUGUCCGCCUUAAAUCAAACUCAAGAAAACGAUAAGAAAUAUUCUGAGCUUGAAGAAAAAUUCAUUAAGCAAAACAAAACAAUAGAACACUUGAGAGCUACAAACAGCAACCUUAAUGAAGAAAUUGAGGAUGUAUAUUUAAAACUUAAGGAAUAUAAAGAAAGUGUUCAUAAACUUGAAGCAAAGAACACAGAAUUAAAUAGUAUGCUAGAGAAACAAAAUCAUGAUAUGAUAAUAAAAACAGAUAAAAAUAAUAUUUUCGGAAUAAUUCAGGAAGAGGAAACGAAAGGCUUUGAUGAGGAGACAGAAUACAUACCUAGAAAAGAAAUAGGAAAUAUGGUGGAUAAGCGAGUGGUAAGUCAAGCAUUAGUUAGGUAUUUGAAUUAUCAAACUCCAGAUGAUAUUAAACGACACCUACUAAAGGCACUUGCAGGAAUGCUUGAGCUUAAUGAUGAGCAGAAGCAAGCUAUUGGGCUGAUUCAAGGAGGAGGAUUACUAUCUAAAUUCACAAGCUAUAUAUAUGGACCUUAA